AAAGCCGCCUGCACCUCACCACUACUACUACUACUACAACAUGGGCAUGGGAGAGACCUGCGUGCCGGCGAGGAGGAUACCGGCGGCGGCGGCCUUAGCGUAUCUGUUGCUGCUACUGUUGCUUCAAUGUCACACCGGCGCCGAGGGCUAUGUAACAACCGGGGUGUGUGAGGACGAUUACCAGUGCAUGCGCGCCCUGGGCGGUCCUGCGUGCUGCGCUCCCUGGGGCCGGUCCAUCCCCAUCCCUGUGUGUAAGGAGAUGGGUCAGCGCGGGGAGCCGUGUCACAUGGCCAGCAACAGGAUGCCGUACCCGCUCCGGAUCCACCGGGUGUUCUGGCGCUGCCCGUGCGGGGAGAACCUCACCUGCGCCAGCACCGGACUCUCUCGCAUUGGCGUCUGUAUGCACACCAUGUAACGUUACUCAAAGGCCCUAGUGUGCUAGCUAGCUGGACAGCCUAGCUGUAUCUUCAGUCAAAACUAAUAAAUGAAUGAAUAGAUAAAUGUAACAACACCUGGAUACUUUACCAUUGCCCUUAGGUACGGAUACAAAAAGGUGCGCAUUGUUAGUCUCCACCAGACUUACAAUAAAGGUCUUUACUCAUUCACUCAUGUAUUCCCCCUAUAUAGUUAAAAUACAC